AAUUUUGAAUUAAUUUCAGUGCUAAGCCGACGGCCGUAAGUGACAGAAGCAACGAAACCAAGAACGUAAUUCAACCGUAAUGAAGUUUUUUGGAGGCAUAUUGCUCCCUGUAGCCAUUUUAUUGGGUAUUAAUGUAACCUGGAUCUAUGCGAGGCGUCAUCGCGACCCCGCCACCGACAGACUGCCCAUCACGCUCUAUUAUGAGGCGCUCUGUCCCUACUGCAUGCAAUUUAUGACCCAACAGUUGUAUCCCUCGAUGAAGGAUCGCCUGCCCUACACUCAGCUGACCCUGGUGCCCUACGGCAACGCUAGGGCUGACAAACAUGGCAAAAUCACUUGUCAACAUGGCACAAAUGAAUGUGAGUUGAACGCCUGGCACGCCUGCAUAUUGGAACAUCACGAUAUUGAGACUGCAUUAAAACUAAUAAGUUGCAUGAUGCGGAGUCGCAAAAAUAAAUUGGAAAUAUGCGCCAAUCGUUAUCAAAUAAACAUAGGGGAUGUGAAGCUUUGCAAAAAGGAGCGCACCGUGGAUGAGAUUCUGAGCAAAUACGGCAAGGAAACGGAUAAGGUGCCACACCAAGGUGUGCCGGCUAUAGCUGUGGACAAUCACUUGGAUUUCGAUGAUCAGGAGAAUCUAAACGACCACUUCGAUAGUACCUUUUGUUCUAAAUAUCAAGCUAAAUUUAACAAAAUUCUGAAGAAUUGUCAGUAGCAAUACAUUUAAAACUGUUAAAAGGUUGCAAAUAAAAUUAUUCAUACAAGUAUGUAUAAGAAUAAA